AUGGGUUACAACAGGAGUUUAAAAUUCGGUACAGCACUUACAGUACUGAUAGUUUUAGUCGCGAUUUAUUAUAGAAAUUCGGAAAACGUUCUACAGAAACGUUUGCAAGCAUUGGUUUAUGGGUUGGAGAAACUUGAAAACAAACACGUGAUCACUUCACGUCCAAAAGUUGCGAUAGGUUAUGGUGUAUGUACUGACGUAUACGUCAAUGCAAAAGAGUUAUUAAACUACUCCGAAAAUGUCGGACGACCUCAGCACUUCGAUGAGAUUAAUACAGAACUAGAACUAUUAAAAAGUUUCGCUUACUAUUUUCGUCAUGGAGCUGCUGCAGAGAGAUACAUGGCUAAUAGAACAUUAUUUGAUCAGCUUGUUGCCAAAGCUCGUUCAUUUUCAUCAUCAUACUCCACAAUUGGUGGUAAUGCUGCAAUUAUGGCAUUAAGAUUUGCAAAAGAGGGAUGUGAUGUAACACUUGCUGCUAAGUUGACAAGAUCUCUGCAUCAAAUGAUGCCACAAGUUAUUAAUAUUGUUGGUGGUGAAGCAAAAAGGGAUGAUAUUCAUUUAGUGAUAGAAUACAAGCAUGGAGAUGUUUGGGGUCCAUAUUCCAGUGCUAGAGCAAAUAGGUAUAUAGUUCAUAAUGAUGCCAAUAAUCCUAGGAUCAAUUCUUUUGAAGCAUUGGAUCAGCUUCUGUCAACAUAUGAGCCUAAUUUACUUGUUGUUAGUGGACUACAAAUGAUGGAUAAUUAUCCAUUUCCAAGUGGUGAAAGACAGAAUCUUUUACUCAAAAUAAAAAAACAAAUGAUGGAUAGAUCUACAUCUACUAAAAUUCACUUUGAAAUGGCUUCGUUCGCGGAAGAUAAAUUACUCUUCGAGUUAUGCGAUUCGGUUAUACCGUUUGCCGACAGUUUAGGAAUGAACGAACAAGAAAUAGCCAAUUUGCAUAACGCGAUGUAUUACGGAAAUAUUUCAUUAGUAGCGAAUUCCACACCGCGCAUAGCAACGGUUUUAGACCAAAUGCGGACGUUGUUUAAACUCAUACGUAUAAGGAGUAAAACUAUCGAAAAUUCUCGGGAACUUACGAGAAUUCAUGUACAUACAUUAGCGUAUCAAGCUAUAUUUACCAUGAAAGGUUCUAUAUGGAAAAACACGAUGGCUGCAGCUGCUAAAGCAUCACUGACAGCACACAGGCAUGUGUGUGCAACGAGUCAUGUUGAUAUACGGAAAGCUGCGUUGAUUUUAGAUGAUAGUUUUUCAACAUCUAUUGUUCAAGGUACUCGGAUAGCACUGGACAUUGACAAACCAGUCUCCUGCUGGGACGAAGUAUUGAAAGUAGUAAACGAAGAUAUUCCUGUUCAAGUGUGCGUGGCGCCAGUAUUAAUCUGCACCGUGGCGGCGCAAACUGCUGGCGGUGGAGAUAAUAUUUCAAGCGCGGGUCUUGUCCUGCAAAUCUAAAGUACUUUUUAAUUUUUUGGUAAAAGUUGAUAAAAAUUUGCACAA